AUGGCGCUUAGUUCGCCUCCAGUGAUGGCCUCAGCCCUGGCAGCUGCAGUGCCCAUGUUCUAUGUUGAACCUAUGCCAAUGCCUAGACCCCGCAGCCGCGAAGCUCCACGGUUUAAGGGCAGGCAGAUCAUGAAGUUCCUUCACGAGUUUGAGAUGUUGGCGCAUGCCGCACUCCUCACAGACCCAGAGAAGUGCAGCUACCUGAUAGCCUAUUGCACCGAGAGGGAAGCCGAGCUUGUUCAGACAUUCCCUGGACUUGAGACCCAGAGUUGGUCGUCGCUCAAGUCGGAUUUGCUGAGCUUCUACAGCACCGACGACGAAGAGCCAGUUUAUCGCAAGAAAGACCUCCACAAGUUGGUGGAGAAAGACCGCAAGAUGAGAUGCUUAGAGCACCUUGCACGUUACCAGCGAAAGUUCCGUGUAAUCGCUGCGAGUUUGGAAGCGAAGAACGCCCUUACCGCCUCAGAGCGUGAUGACUUAUUUUACCAAGGAUUCCCGUCCAAGUUCAGACGCGAACUCAGGUAUGACCUCAAGGUUCAAGGCCUGUGGUCUGAUUCGACCCAGCCUCCCCAUAUGAACAAUGUUGUCGCAGUUGCACGAGAACUGCUCCGAGACGAUUCAUACGAUGUUGACUUCGACAUGAAGUCCGAGCCAGUCGAUGACUUGGCUGACAGAUGUGAUAGCGCGACCCUGUAUCAGAUAGCAGAACAGAGUUCCACGCAUACUGUGUUCCCAGAGUUCCCAGCACAACCUGCAGAUCAGAGCGACGUUAUGCCUGAGUUUGGCACAGACACGAGUUCCGAUGUCCAAGAUACUCCGAUCAGAGAGUCGGCAGUCAAACAAUGCGAAUCCCAUGACCUAGAGGGCUCAGCUAUCCAUGAGGAGGCUUUGCCACCACGUAGGCAUACUCCAGUGCUCCAAGAGUGGGCAGAUGACCAGAGCGCAUCGACGCAUGUUGCAUAUCUUUCGGAUCCCACUUGUGAUGUCUCCGAGUCCAAGUUGAGCGGACAUUUCGAAGUCCAUGCCAAUGUCCCAGCAGUUCCCUUAGAGGAGUGCACACCAGAAGUUGAAGUCGAAGUCAGAAGCGAAGCGCUGCAAACUGAAUUGAGUCGCGCUCACAUUCAGUCUGAAGCCGAUCGUGCGCCGAUUGCCGCAUCCAUCUCUAGCGCUGAGAGCCUAGAAUCUAGCACUUAUGACCAACUAGAGAGCCCUGUUGAAGUACCAGAGCUAGAACCAAAAGAGCUUAGGCCUAUCGGCCUUGAACGCAUCUCAGAUCCGCAAAUUUGCGAAGAUAACUUAGCUCCUCAGGCCUCGGAUUGGGCCGAGACUACCCAUACGUGCUCAGACGAAGCUAGAAUACCUCAUACGAUGGAGGCGACGACUUUUAUUGACAAGAAAGAGCCGAUUGACUCAAGCACGAUGACUUUGAAUCCGCGAGACUUUGACCCGCACCCGGUCUUAGAUUUCACUCAGGAACUGGAGUGGCAACUAUCCGAAGUGACCCCUGGUGAUCCUACGGCGGCCAGAGAGCCUCGAUCUGACGAUGCAGACACUCUUGUGACAACCAUUGAGCCUGGAGUGUUGCUCACAUUCAAGAAUGCGACCACAUACUAUCCGAUCUCAGAGUUUGAGUUGGAAUUUGCAGUUAUGCAUGAUGCAAAUGGACAUUUGAUGCCAGACGAUUGCUAUCGUCCAUCGUAUGAACCAAAAGAGAAUAGUGCUUUAGUGCCUGAUCAUGGCCAGAGCCCCGCAUAUCGCAGAAUAAGCGCCCAGUUAGUGAAGAUGGCGAAAUUCUACCCUUUUGAUCCUGGAAUCGAGCUCAACGCGACCAGAGCCAUUCCAGAAGUGCAGGGAGAUUCCCAGCGCUUCAUUCCAUGCGACAUACCAGACCAGUUUAUUGCCAGCCAGAGUUCUGCGCAACUUGAACCCGAGUUCAGUGGGAACUUUGAGAUUGAGCCCCAGGAUUGCACCACAGGGAGAAAACGCGAUGACACGCAUCCCAGUCCAGUCCAGAGAAGUGUAGCGGCAGUCCAAGUAGUCGACCCAGCUGCUGCAGCCGUCGAUUUUGAGCUCCCAAGAGAUCCAGCUAGCGCAACGCUCGGAUUGAGUCCAUGUUGUGUAGCACAGACGUGCCAUGAGUGUAGAGUCAAGCCAGACGAGAGCCUUAGAGCCUCAGACUCUUUUAGUUCGCACAUAAACACCAGACUGGUUGAGAACGGAGUGAUAGUUUCAAGCGCAGAGACCGAGCGCGAAGAGAAUGAUGGUGCUGAGCACACCACAGCCAUACUGGAAGUUGCACACGAGAAUGCGAUUAAAAACAACACUGUGUACCUUAUUGAAGUCUCACAGAUCGCUGACCCAGUGGAGUAUUUCACUUGGAAUUCCGGAUAUGAAUCCGACGACACUGCAGUUGACAGUGAAGCGCCUGAGUGUGCCAGACUCACUAUCUCACACGAAGCUGUUCCUGCUGUUGUGCCACACGAAAAACGAGUCAAUGAUUUGAUUUAUCACUACACUAUCAUACAUCAAGGUUACAUGAUGACGAAAAAUCUCACUGUUGAACUUUGUGCCGAUCCCACGGAAGCGCUUGAGUGCGCAGGUACUCUAUGCUCACCCGAUUUCUUUGAUGAUGGAUACAAAUGUCCACCUGAGAAAGACCCAGACAAGGUCUUGAGCACAAACCAGAAUGCGGGCAACGAGCUGGCCCAAGCAUGCGAGUCCGAGUUGACUCAAGUGGCCGAUUGCAUAUUAGUCACCGAGAUCCAGGUUGACAUUUGCAAACCAGAGACGUCAGAGCACUCUCUCGUCAUUCAAGAACACACUGUAGUCAUCAGAGAGUCCACACCAGACAUGACAAGCAAGUUUGGUGGCAAGCUAGACAAAGCGCGAGUCAGAACAGUAGCGCCAGAGUGCGCUGAGCUUAAGUCAAAAGAGCUAAGGCCUCCCAGCCUCAGCGACGAGCUCGAUUGGCCUCAUACGACGUCGAUCUCAGUACCAGAAGAGAUUCCAGAUGGUUUUGACCAAGUUCCGGCAAAGAGAGUCGAGGAGAUGACGCGCGAGCGCAUCGCUAAAAGAGCUAAGGCCUCCGGCCCCAGCACUCCUCUUGAUGAUGAAUCCACCAAGGCUUUGAGCUAG